GGCUGGCGCCCUACCAACUGAGCCACAGGCACCGCCCCGAGACUGUCUCUUAAAAAAAAAAAAAAAGGGGGGGGUGGCGCCUGUGGCUCAAGGAGUAGGGCGCUGGUCCCAUAUGCCGGAGGUGGCGGUUUCAAACCUAGCCCCUGCCAAAAACCAAAAAAAAAAAAAAAAAGGGAAGAGCACCUUGUAGCCUGCCAGGUAUCUACAACAAAACAAAACGAAAUCUACAGAUAUCUCAUUAGAAACAUCAACAUGAAUUUUUUUUUUUUUGAGACAGAGCCUCAAGCUGCCACCCUGGGUAGAGUGCCGUGGCAUCACAGCUCAUAGCAACCUCCAUCUCCUGGGUUCAAGCCAUUCUCUUGCCUCAGCCUCCCAAGACAUGUCCAACGAUGAUGACACACACCCUGCUGGGAUGGCGGGUGGUACCCACCUCCUGGGGUUCUCUGAUGAGAUCCUACUGCACAUCCUCAGCCACGUCCCCAGCAUAGACCUGAUUUUGAAUGUCCGGUGCACCUGCCGGAAGCUUGCAGCCCUGUGCCUCGACAAGAGCCUCGUACACACCGUGUUGCUGCAGAAGGAUUAUCAGGCCAGUGAGGACAAGGUGAAGCAACUGGUGAAGGAAAUUGGUCGGGACAUCCAGCAGCUGAGUCUGGCUGGUUGCUACUGGCUGUCAGGCUCCACCGUGGAGCAUGUGGUCCGCUGCCGCAGCCUGGUGAAGGUGAACCUCUCUGGCUGCCACCUCACUUCCCUGCGCCUCUCCAAGAUGCUGUCAUCCCUUCAGCACCUACGCUCACUGGCCAUUGAUGUCAGUCCUGGCUUUGAUGCCAGUCAGCUGAGUGGCGAGUGCAAGGCCACCCUGAGCCGAGUUCGGGAGCUCAAGCAGACAUUGUUCACACCCUCCUAUGGCGUGGUGCCCUGCUGCACCAGCCUCGAGAAGCUGCUGCUCUACUUCGAGAUCCUGGACCGCACUCGUGAGGGGGCUAUCCUCUCGGGACAGCUCAUGGUGGGUCAGAGCAACGUGCCCCACUACCAGAACCUGCGGGUCUUCUAUGCCCGUCUGGCACCUGGCUACAUCAACCAGGAGGUGGUGAGGCUAUACCUGGCUGUGCUCAGCGACCGCACACCUGAGAACCUUCAUGCCUUCCUCAUCUCUGUCCCUGGAAGCUUCGCUGAGAGUGGGGCCACCAAGAACCUCUUGGAUUCCAUGGCCCGCAAUGUCGCCUUGGAUGCCCUGCAGCUACCUAAGUCCUGGCUGAAUGGCUCAUCCCUCCUUCAGCACAUGAAAUUCAACAACCCAUUUUACUUCAGUUUCAGCCGGUGCACCCUAUCUGGUGGCCACCUGAUCCAGCGGGUCAUCAAUGGUGGCAAGGACCUCCGAAGCCUGGCCAGCUUGAACCUCAGUGGCUGCGUCCACUGCCUCUCCCCGGACUCUCUGCUCCGCAAGGCAGAGGACGACAUUGACAGCAGCAUCCUAGAGACACUGGUGGUGUCCUGCUGCAACCUGCGACACCUGAACCUCUCGGCUGCCCACCACCAUAGUUCCGAGGGCCUGGGCAGGCACCUCUGCCAGCUCCUGGCCCGGCUGCGCCACCUGCGCUCCCUCUCUCUGCCUGUCUGCUCCGUUGCUGACUCAGCACCUCGGGCUGACCGUGUGCCUGCCCAGCCUGUGAUGCAUGCUGUGCCCCGAGGCUUUGGCAAGAAGGUGCGCAUAGGUGUGCAGUCCUGCCCCAACCCUUUCUCCGGCCAGAUGGUCCCCCAGCCUUCCUCUGUGUUCUGGUCUCUGCUGAAGAACUUGCCUUUUCUGGAACACCUUGAACUGAUCGGGUCCAACUUCUCCUCUGCCAUGCCGCGCAAUGAGCCUGCCAUCCGCAACUCCCUCCCUCCCUGCAGCCGGGCACAGAAUGUUGGGGACUCAGAGGUGGCCGCCAUUGGCCAACUGGCCUUCCUGCAGCACCUCACACUGGCCCAGUUGCCCAGUGUCCUGACAGGCUCUGGGCUGGUCAGUAUUGGCCUGCAGUGCCAGCAGCUGCAGUCCCUCUCGCUGGCCAACCUGGGCAUGAUGGGCAAGGUGGUCUACAUGCCCGCCCUCUCAGACAUGCUGAAGCACUGCAAGCGGCUGAAGGACCUCAGGUUGGAGCAGCCCUACUUCAGUGCCAACGCCCAGUUCUUUCAGGCGCUGAGCCAGUGCCCCUCACUGCAGCGCCUGUGCCUGGUUUCCCGCAGCGGCACCCUCCAGCCUGAUGCAGUUGUGGCCUUUAUGGCCCGCUGCCUACAGGUCGUCGUGUGCCACAUGUUCACCGGGGAGUCCUUGGCCACAUGCAAGAGCCUGCAGCAGUCACUCCUCCGCAGCUUCCAGGCUGAGAGGCCCGCAUUGAACGUUGUCAUCUUUCCUCUGCUCCAUGAGGGCCUGACCGAUGUGAUCCGGGAUGUCCCCAUGGUGCACCUGGAUGAGAUCACCUUAUUUAAAAGCAGAGUGGCUGAGGAACCGCCUAACCUGUGGUGGUGAGAAGGACGAGCCUAACACCAUGUCAAGCUCCUGCCCAUCAACUAAGUCACUGUGAGACGCCACUGCUGCUCCCUCCCUGCCUGCAGCCACCAGGAGCCUGCAGACACCAGGGACUCCUUGGUUUGCUACAAGAGGAAGACAGCACUCUCUCCCGGUGGCUUCCGGGGCUUUGGGUGUUUCCUUGGCUUUCUCUCAUGAGGACUGCUGCUUAGUGAAGUCUGGGUUUUGGGAAUACACUCUGGGUGGCCGGAGGGGAAUCAGGUGGGCUGUCGAUGUGGAGGCCUGGCUGGGGUGUUCUUGCACAGAGACUUAAUGCUAGGGGCUCACCACAGCCCCAAAGUGCAGGGGUGGAGGUUGCAGCCCUAGAAAGCAUCCCUUGGAGGUGUAAGGAUGGACUGCCGUACCCUUGCGCGUGAAUGGGAAUGUGCUGUCCGUGCAGCUGUGCUGACGGCUACACUGCUCACUGCCCGUGCGAGUGCCCUUUGAGUGCUCAAGUUGGUUGUGAGCAUGACCAGUGAGAGCUUCAGAUUUGGGGCAUUCCUUCCCAUAAGACACGUUGUAACCCAUUUAUAUCUUUCCUGUGUAAUUGGCCUCCUCAGGGUCUCUCAUGGGAGGCUGAGGUCACCCCUCACACCCAGUUCAUGGCAUUUAGCUUUAGAAAUUCCAGCUCCCUGUGAAGGUCUGUUUACCUUUCUAGGGAAAUAUAUUUGGCUUUGUUAGAAUAACUUGAAACAUUAAAACCCAGAAAAGAUGUUUAAAGCUGGAGUAGUGAUCAAAUUACCCUGUUUCAGAUAAUUUUCUUUAACACUAAAACUCAACAAAGCUAUUCUGAAAAUGAAGGACAACCUCCAGUGUCCAAGGCCUUGUCCUAUGUGCAGAGCUGGCCACCUCUGCUUUCCUUGAAUCUGAGAUUUUGCUGGAGCUGUGGCUGAUAGCUUUUGGGAGGCACUGUGGUCUCCUGCACCUGGGCUGUGGCCCUGCCCUUCUUGGUGCCGGGUCCCAGCAAGUUUUGGGCAUCAUCUGGGCUUUGGCUUCUGCAUGAGCUGUCCCUGCCCCUGUGGGCCAAGGCUGCAGAGCCUCCUUGACAUGGGCUGCCCCUCACAUGCUCUGAUCCCUCCUCCCGAGGAUGCCCCUCCAGCUCCCUGUGGGUCUCUGCCCUGCUCCAGUGGCUCUGCUCCUUUGCAUAGGGGAUCUGCAGUGUGAGGUCUCCUCCCUCUUCACCCCAUCUUUCUUUGUGAGUAGAGUCAUCAUGCCCUCUCUGGAGCACGGGGCGUCCUCUUCCUGCUCUAGGCUGCAGCCAGUGAAGGGACCCAUCUGCAGGCUGCAGCCUGCAGCCAGAGAGUGCCACAGGGCGAGGCCACAACAGACCAAGAGCCUUCGCCCUCCUCACAGAGCCUCCGAGAGCCGCAAACGUGGGUCUCUUGUCCUCCUGGCAUAUAGGCUGCCCAGGGCCAUGGGAGGUGGGGCCCAGUCCCAGCUAGCUGUGGACAAGGGUCCUCCCACCUCAGUUUCUGAGCAUUUCUUCAGAGCAUCGAAUGGCACCCAGAGCCCACCAGUGAGGGUGAUCAGGUCAGGUGGUGUGGAACCACUGGGACUGGCCACUCUUGUGCUCAAAACAAGGGUGUGGCUGGUCACAACCUAAUAGGCAGGACAUGUGGUCUGGGAUGUUCUGGACCCUCAGGAGGCCGUGUCGCUCUGGGGGCUAUGGCUUUUGUGUUAGCCUCCUUUCCUCCAGAGCAGCCCCUUUGGAUUUCAUCCUGGUGCUUUUACGAGCAUGCCUGGAUGGCCCGUUCUCAUGAGCAAGCAGUUUGAACCAGCAGUGUGGUUUAUGCUCAUAAAUGGGGUGGGUGGGGAGGGAGCAGGGCUGGGGCUUCGGAUGGCCUUGAAAAGCAACCCCAGAUAGUAGCCUUGUAUUUUUAGUGUCCCUGUAACAAUCCUUUGACUUAGAGCAAGAAUUUCCGCUGCUUCUACACCCGAGACA